ACAUCGGGGACUCGGUGGGUAGCAUACAACCGCCUCAUCUGGCAGCGACCAGUGAGCUGAGUAGAUUGCGUCCAUGUAAACGGCCCUCUAAAGGGUCCGCACGCUUCUGCCAAAAAGAAAUACCCGAACCGCGAGGGGACUCUGAUGUAACCCUAGCCACGCCUCGUUCGUCAUUCGGCGCAUUUCCACAAUCAACGGCAAUAUCGGAAUCCCGGUCGGCACUCUGCCCGUGGUUCAAUCUCAACUCCUCUCAACACCAGGCGACGCCAGCUAACACUUUGGAUAUCACCGAAAGCUGCACGGUUGACAGCGAUGCCGUGAGGAAUCAUUAAGGACGCGGGCUCGUCGCCAUGGCUCUCUCACCUAGUCUACCUAUCCAAGACCUCUCGCUCAUCCCGUCAGAUCUCCGCAGCUGCACAGCCGCAACUACAUCCGCAUAGACAUUGCUACGACUUUCAUCUCUACCAGCCAUCAUAAUGCAUGUUCUUAUCGUGGGCGGUGGCUUGGGUGGGCUCAGCCUGGCCCAGACUCUUCGCAAGCAGGGCAUCUCGUUCGAGGUCUUUGAGCGCGACGAGUCUGCGGACAGUCGUUUUCAGGGAUGGGCCAUCGGAAUCCACAGCAUCAUUGGGGACUUGAAGGCGUCUUUUCCGGAUGAUAUGCCGGACAUGAAACAAGCGACUGACCAUCUCCAACCAAUCGAUCUCCCAUGCCAGAUUGGCUUGUAUUAUCCCGGCCGCCAAGGUAGGGUGGGUGUUCAAGACACCCCUGAAAACCCAAUCAUUCGUGCCGAGAGACUUCGUCUCCGCCGGUGGCUCUCCACCAAUAUCGACAUUCAGUGGAACAAGCACGUCAAGAGCAUCAGCCACAACGACCAGGGCGUCCAAGUCUUCUUCCAAGAUGGCAGCAGCGCCAAGGGCGACAUUUUGGUCGGAGCGGACGGCAUCAACAGCGUGGUCCGCGAGCAACUGCUCCAGACUCCCAACUCGGCCCUCCUCAAGACGGUCCCCUUGGCAGCUAUCAUUGGCGAGGUGACCCUCCACGGCGACGCCUUCAAGCGCCAGCUCGAGCUAGGCCACUCAGCCUACAUUUACGUCGCCCCUGACCUCGGCUGCUGGAUGUUUGGCGGUCUGCACCACGCCCUCCCCGACGGCGUCUCCGGCAAACACUACUGGAUGCUCAUGAAGCCCGAUCCCACCGUCGCCGACCCCAACCACUGGCUUCAGACUGCUACCCAGCAGGAGAAGCUCGAUUACGCUUUGGCCCUUGUCGCGAAGCUCCCGCCCAAGUUUAGGGAAAUCUACGAGGCCACGCCCGCAAGCGGGAUCAAGCAGGAGAGUCAUGUGUGGAGGGAUCUUGAGCUGGAGAGUCUGCCUGCCGGACGGGUCGUUUUGCUUGGUGAUGCUGCUCAUGCCAUGACGCCGUUCCGUGGCGAGGGGGGGUAUAAUGCGCUGAUCGACUCGAUGAAGCUGGCCAAAAUACUGGCAGGCGUGGAUGGGAGUGACAUUGACGCUAUCAAGAAGGCAGUAGAGGAGUAUAACAAGGAGAUGCUUGAGAGGGGCGUGGAGGCUGUUCGUGCUUCGAGGGGUGAACAGAGUGCUCAGAAGACCAAGAGCGCCAACGCAAAGGUCAUGAGUGCUGGUCAGGAGGCGCGGGUUUUGCCGGAAAGGGAGAUUGUUCUGACGGCCAGGGGCUGAUUGAGGGGGUUUGUUUACAUGACGUCACUGAUGGGAGUGCUAGAAUUAAGGGGUUGGAAAUACUGAAUGGGAAUUGUUUGACAUCUCUUUGUUUAUUACGACUCCUUGAGUAGUUUUGGGGCAACCCUUAGGACCGAGUGCUCUUUAAUUCCAUUGCUCACAGCUAGGUUUUGAUGUUCC